AUGAAGAGCAAGCGCGCACGCGAAGCCGCGACAAAUGCUGGGGAGGAUGAGCACGUCCCGGCGGCAGUGGGGGACAAGGCGGCGAAGAAACGAAAGCGAGAGGGCGACGAAGACCAGAUGGUGGACGAGGUGAAGCAAAAGAAGACGAAGAAAGAGAAGACGGACAAGAAGGACAAGAAGGACAAGAAGGACAAGAAGAAAGAUAGGAGCAAGGAGAGCAGGAAAGAGAAGAAGGAUAAGCGAAAAGAUCUUCUCGACUUGCCGGAAGCGGAUGCAGACGAGGACGAAGAGAUGAAGGAUAGUAGUGUGUCGGUAGUAGAGGAGGCGAAGCAGGAAAAGAAGGAGAAGAAGGAGAAGAAAGAAAAGAAAGAAAAGAAAGAAAAGAAAGAAAAGAAAGAAAAGAAAGAAAAGAAGGAGACCAAGAAAAAGGACGAGACGGGGGCCAAGGAGGAGGCGAAACACAAAAAGGAUACCAAGGAGGAGCAGGUGAAGCAGAGGAAUGACGACAAGGAGGAGAAGAAGGAAAAGAAGGACAAAAAGGACAAGAAAGCCAAGAAGGAGAAGAGCGACGAGGGAGACUCCCAAGACAACGACGAAGCCAAGGAGGAACAGUCCAAGGACGAAAAGGCAGACCGACACAUCGUCUUCGUCGGCAACCUGCCGUACACGGCCACGCAGGCGUCCAUCAUGGCGCACUUUGCGUCGCUCAAGCCGACCUCGGUCCGGUGCCUGACGAAGCGCGAGGACCCCAAGGCAUGCCGGGGCAUCGCCUUUGUCGAGUUCGCCAACGUCUGGACCCAGAGCACCUGUCUCGACAAGUUCCACCACUCCACCUUUGCCGAUGGCAAGUCGGAGCCGCGCAAGAUCAACGUCGAGCUCACUGCUGGCGGAGGCGGCACGACAAAGCACCGCAAGGACAAGAUCCGCGAGAAGAACAAGAAGCUAGACGAGAACCGGGCGAAGCGGAUCGACAAGGAGAAGACGGCCAAGGCGGCGGGCGCCGACGCUGGCGCCGAAGGCAAGCAGCAGCCGAUGGCCGGCAUCCACCCCAGCCGGCUGGCUCGGAACCCCGGCCUCGGCCAUUGA